AGAUUGCGGACGGGGCUCUCGCCCGUCGCGCCGCGCUGCAGCGCUCGGCGAGCCGAGCCACGCCGUGCCGCGCCAAGCGCGCUCGAGCCGCGCACCGUCCUCGUCGUCGUGCGGGCCACAGAGGGAGACGAGAGAAAAGAAGAGGGAAGUAUAAACCCAUCUCCUUCCUCUUCCCUUUCCGUCUUCUCACCGUCUCUUUUUCUCUCUUUCUCUCUCGUUCGAGCCACCUAGCUUUCUGGGCGACGACGAGGAUUGCGAUGAACGUCGUUGCGUGGUCCCGCGCGUGUACGACAAAGAUCGCCGGAGAGCCGCGGAGAUCGUUACAUGCUCCUGACCUUCGAAGAUCCACCUCAGAACAUCAAGGCAGGAUGGAAGGAAAAUCUGGCAACUUUUAUGAACGAACUCAAGAAUCUGCAAUGUGUCGGCUUGACGACACUAGGCGCCGCCUUAAAGCACGCAUUGGACGUGCUGAACAUAAACCGUAUGCAGACCGGCAUAGACACAUAUGGACAAGGGAGAUGCCCAUUUUAUUUAGAACCAUCCGUUAUAGUUGUUAUAACAGACGGUGGAAAGUACACGACUAACAGUGGGGUCCACCAAGAUUUUACAUUGCCAAUGCAUUCCCCAAUACCUGGGUCGGAACUGACGAAGGAGCCAUUUAGGUGGGACCAAAGAUUAUUUUCUUUGGUGCUACGUUUAUCGGGUACACCGGCCGUCGAACGAGAUAUCGGCUUAGUGGCGAGUGACGCGUCGCCGAUAGAUGCAAUGUGCGAAGUGACCGGAGGCCGCUCGUACUGCAUUACGUCGUUUAGAAUGAUGAUACAGUGCAUAGAUUCGCUAGUACAGAAGGUACAAUCGGGCGUGGUGAUAAAUUUCGAGAAAAUAGGCCCCGAUCCGCCCCCACUAGCCAACGAGGCACCUCAACAUCAGGACGAGGAGGAGAACGAGGAAGACGGUAAUGCGACAAACGGUCCGCGCGCUCAGUAUCCUAAUGCGCUAGCUCCUGGAAACACAGCCUGGUAUUCCUGCAGACGUCUGAUCUAUGUACCACGGUCGGCUCAAAAGGGAUUUGCGGUUGGUUUCUGGCCGAUUCCGGAGAGCUUCUGGCCGGAUCUCAGCGCUAGCUCGUUGCCACCACGAUCGGCGCAUCCGAACGUCAAAUUCACUUGCACUAGUCAAGAGCCGAUGGUGAUCGAAAACUUGCCGUUCGACAAGUACGAGCUGGAACCUAGCCCCUUGACGCAGUAUAUCUUAGCGCGGAAACAGCCGACGACAUGUUGGCAAGUGUUUGUCGCAAAUUCGUAUAAAUCGAGCGAAGUGGGCCAUCCGUUCGGUUACUUAAAAGCUAGUACAAACUUGACUUGCGUAAAUCUCUUCGUCAUGCCUUAUAACUAUCCCGUACUGUUACCACUGCUGGAAGAACUCUUCAAGGUGCACCGGCAAAAGCCGACACCCGAAUGGAGGGCGCAGUUCCAAGGUUACAUAAGGACCAUGCCUACUUAUUACGCCGCUUCGUUGAGGAGAGCGUUAACUAGGAUGGGGGCGUCUGCACCUCUGGCACAAACCUUGAUACCCGAUAAUAUGGAUAAUUCUUUAUCAUAUAGUGUUUUAAAUUAUUUAAAGCGGUUAAAGAAUCAAGCGAAGAUUGAAUUCGAUCGGCUUUGUAACGAGGUAAUUUCUAAGCAAGUCGCCGCCUCUAAUCUUACAAAGAAUUUAUCUAAUUGUACCACGAGUGUGGUGACGGAAGGAGUGAGAGUUAUGCCGAAGACACCACUGAAAAAAGAUUUGGUAUCCCAUCCUUUGUUGCAAGACAAAUUCACAGGUCUGCGCGACCAACUGAACGAGUUUGGAGGUUUCGUUGUCGGAAUAGUAAAAAAUCAGCAGCAGCAACGUGGCGCGCACAGUUACAGGAACGCCUUCGACGUACCGAGGAAGUCUCUACUCGAUCAAGUUGUGCGGAUGCGCGCAAAUUUUCUGCAACCUGGCUUAUUACAUACAAAAUUACUUGAUGACGAUUACGUUCAUUCGAUGCCUUUAGCCCAAAUGGGAAAUUAUCAAGAGUAUCUGAAACGCAUGACUCCGCCGUUGAGAGAGAUUGAGAGUGUACCAGUUAGACAACAUAUGUUCGGCAAUCCUUUCAAGAUAGAUAAGAGAAUGAUGGUAGAUGAGGCAGACAUUGAUAUAGUCGGCGCAACAUCUUCGACAUCGAAGGGCGGUCUCAAGCGCACCUUACCACAAUCAGACAGCGUAGGUUCGUCCUCUCCGAGGCCACCACCUAACAAGAGGAAGCCUGGACCUAUACCGAAAGAUGUAAUCGUGCGACGUCCGUCAUAUACGUUUAGUAAUACUCCACCAAGUUCCCCGAUUCCCUGGGUGAUGGAGGAGACGAAGAGUCAAGUGGCGGUGACGGCGCCAGCAGCAGCAGCAGCAACAACACCAAUCGCUGAUAUAAGCACUCCGCCGAUUUUGUCUUGUUUACCCAACGUAUCGCCGGGCCACGCGUCGUUGCCAUGUUCGAGCGCGUCCGAAAAGUUGGUAAACGGUCUCGCGGAAAUGCCGAUUAUACCGGUUUUUGAGCCAAUUCCGGUGGAGCACGUUAACAACCAUAUGGACACGCCGCCCGUUCUGACGCCGAUAGUUAACAACGUCGACGCGAUAGCGAAGAGUGAUGUUAAAAGUGAACGGACAGAUAACGCGAAGAACGAGUGUAGUCGAUUACCACCAGUUAACGAUUGCGUCGAGAAUAACGUGCGAGUAGUGGACAGUGCUACCGAGGAGAGACUAACGAAUCAUGUAGAGGAGAAACGCGAGUUAAAGACGGAGAGGGAAAAGAAACUAACGAAGAAGGAACUGGAGGAUAUCAGACGGCACAAUUUGAAUAUUCGAGAACUCGUUUACAAGGAAGUGCGAAGAAGAGGGAAAAAUUACGCAACACUGUUCUCACACUUACAUCAAGUUCAGGGGACCCUAGAUAUACGGCUUGCAUUUGUAAAAGACAUAGUAAAAGAGUCAUUACGCUUUAAACGACGUAACUUGGCGUCACUAUUAGAAGAAUAUCUUAAAACCAUUCAAGAGGACGGUUGCGCUAUAAAUCACAAGCUGAAUCACAAUGGUGCCACGAAGAUAAGUUGUUAAGAUAUAUGCGUAAUCAGGGCAUUAUCUUAUUGGAAUGGAGUUAAUAAUAGUUGCAAGGCAAUUCUUACGCAAGUUUUUGCCAGAGAUUUUAUAAGCGACCUGUUCGAAAUCAGGCUGCUUUCGAUAAUCUCUGGAAAGACAUACACAAUCGUGAGGUCCCCGCCGAAUUUCAAUUUCCAUUUUUGACCAUAAAAGUUGUCACUUUUAUGUUGUAUUAUAUACUUUUGAUUUUAUGAAUGAUCUUAUCAAUUGAUAGAAAUUUUGAAUAUAUUGUCACGUGGCACUUUGCAGCCAUAAAUUAAAGCAAUAAUUUAUUUAUCUCUAAUGAGGAGAAAACGGAGCAAUAUUCAACAUGUGUAUCGAAUUCUAUUAUAUUUCUCGAUUAAUAAUACAUAUAUAUCUUCCUAAAACUUAAUUAUUUUAAAUCUUAAUCUGGAUCCAGGACCUUUUUCAUCCUGGAUACUUAAAAAUAUCUUAAGUAACAUAAAAUCGUAACGUAAUAUAUCCGCGCAACACACGUACGUUUCUUAUCCUUCAUCCGUACAUGUGUUUAUACAUCGUUGUAUGUAAAUACGUUCUUGCACAUUUUCAUUUUGUCAUCUAUUAUGAUGUACUUUUCCAUAAUCUCGGAAUUUUGCCGGAUAUCAUUUGGCGCACGUAUUGAAAAUGUCUUGGAUGCUGGCAUACAAGACAACAUAAUUGCAUGUAUGCGAAAUAAUAAUGGUUAGAAAAAAAAGAUUGUAUUUAGCCCUUAAAUGCAAAACUGUAUUCAAAGUUUCUUCCAAGUACAAGUGCAAUCAAAUGAAUCGGAGCAUAAUUCUAUUCAGUCCUCAACGCCCAAUGUCGAAUUUAGAACAGAAUAAUUAUAUAUUACUCUUACACUCUUACAAUUUACAUUUCCUAUUAUAUUUAAUCUAUCUAUAAUAACUUGUGAUCUAUAUUAAGUUUAAUAAAAUACCAUAGUUUAACACU